AUGGUCGACAAGAAAUUAGCCUACAGUAUUAUGAACUCUGCGCUUCAAGAACUGAUUAAUGAGGAGCUCCUUUUGCAGAAAGACGAUGAAGCGUAUGAAGCGACACUGCUUGGGCAAGCGGUCGUUGCUUCUGCCUUUGCUCCUGAGGAUGGUCUUUUUGUUCACGAAGAACUGAAGCGAGCCUUGCAAGCUUUUGUGAUGGACGGCGACAUGCACAUUUUUUACAUGUUUACCCCUCUCCAAGUUGCGAUCAACACCCAGAUUGACUGGCCUACUUUUCGAGACCAGUUGGAUAUCCUUGAUGACAGUGGGCUGCGAGCUUUACAAUUUGUCGGCGUGCAGCCCGGGUUUGUAAAUUCGAUGGUUCAGAGCGGUGCCUCUUUGAAGGAGAGUACUCCAGACCAGGUGAAAACCGCUAGAAUAUACCGUCGCGCAUAUACUGCAUUCCAACUUCGCGAUUUGAGCAAUGAGGUACCACUAUCAACAAUCGCCGCCCGGUAUCGAAUCCCUCGUGGGGCGGUUCAAACGUUGGCCCAACAGUGCCAUGGAUUUGCAGCCGGCAUGGUCAAGUUCUGUCAACGGAUGGGAUGGGGCAUGCUCGCGGCAGUUCUCGAUCACAUGCGAGACAGAUUGGAAGCUGGAGCUCGUGCCGAUCUACUGGAGAUGGCCCAGGUGACCUAUGUGAAGGGUUGGACCGCACGGUUGCUUCGGGAUAACGGAUUCCGAAAUCUGCGAGCCCUGGCAGAGGCAGAUGCGAAGGACCUUGUCCCUGUUCUAAUGAUGGCGAAUCCGCGCAAAGCGCAAAAGAGUCAACUGCAUCCUAGCGAAGCUGAACGCUAUUCCAGAAAGCUGCUGGCUAAGGCAGAGAUUAUCAUUGCAUCUGCGAAUAAAGUUUGGGGUAAGUGUAGUAAUUGUUUCUAUGAUGAUGGAACGAUAAAGCUAAUCUUUCGGGGAACUGUACAGAUCGCGAGAUGCAAAUGGAGUUGGAAGAGUGACAUAUGUCAUUACAUUAUAUAA